AUGAAGGACAAGAAAAGCCUCAAGUUUCCAGGUUCACGCUCUAGCCGAGCAAAGGCAUUGAAAGGUCACCAGUUCAACUUGCAGCACUUCUACGUGACAACCUUCUGUACCUUCUGUGGCAACCUGGUCUGGGGAGUCGGCUACCAGGGCUAUGUCUGCCAAAACUGUGAAAUCGUUCUACACAAGACCUGUGCUGAGGAAAUCACAGAAACCUGUUGUGGCAAGAAGAAAAUUCGACCCCGAAUACAGAUACCUGGGGUCAUACAGACCCGAAGACAGACUCAGCAGCAACAGCCGCAGCCCCCAUCAGAACCGCAGUCUACUACACCAGGCCGCAGUCCGUCCAAUGCUGACGUCACCACACAGCCUUUCCCUAAAGAGGAGGACACUGACCUUACAGUUGUUUUCUCUGCCACAGCUACACUGUCUGGCAGCCACUCAGUACAAAACAUGGUCAACCGCUUCCUAGGGAUGGCAAGUCCAACGGGUACAAGUGGGGGGAGUACCACGGUCACUUCUCAGGAGGCUGGUGACAUCACUCCAAAUCUCAACAGAACUGGCAGUCUUAACAACAAGAAGAAAAGUGAAAGGCCAGCAAGAAGAGCAAAGAGUGAUGUGGAUGUGGACCCAGACACUUUCAAAGAAAUCAAUCAAUCUGCCAGCUCCUCAGCCUCAAGUCUGUCUAACCGGAGUAUUGAGAGUCCCGGCAACAGCACGGACAAUGUCAGUGAGCUGUUGCGGGCCCAGUAUGAUGAUCCUGACAUGGACCUAGAACCAGAGUUGCCACCGCUGAAGCAAGUGCUGUCUGAUGAGGUGCUGCGGAAGCUGAAGCCCAAGGAGAAGAAACGCCAGGAGGUGAUAAAUGAGUUGUUCUACACAGAGAGAGCACAUCUGCGUAACCUAAAAGUGCUGGACUUGUUAUUCAACCGACCCAUGUUUCAGGAGAAGGGAAUCAUGGCCGAGCUGGCUAGGGCACUGUUUCCCAACAUGGAAGAGAUGAUUUCGCUACAUGUAACUUUCGUUAGAGACAUCAAGGACAGAAGCCUGUCAACCCCGGUGGUCAAGGAAGUAGGAGACCUGCUGCUCAAGCGGUUUGAUGGUGAUGCUGGUGAAAGAUUCCGUAAAGGCUGUGCUGAAUACUGCAGAAACCAAGCGUUUGCCCUGGAUGCUCUCAAGAAACAGACAAGGAAGGAGCCCAAGUUGCAGCAGUUCCUUCAUGAUGCGGAAUCAAACUCCUUAUGUCGCCGGCUACAGCUGAAGGACUUAGUGCCUUCUCAGAUGCAGAGACUGACAAAAUACCCACUGUUGAUAGACAAUUUGCUGAAGUACACAUUGUCUCAAAGUGAGGAGUACAGGAGGAUCGAGAGAGCCCUGGAGAGAUGCAAACAUAUCUUGGCUUAUGUCAACCAGGCUGUCAAGGAGUGUGAGAACUACCACAAGCUGAAGGAUAUUCAGAAGAAGCUUGACCGCAGACCACUGGAAGGCUUGAAUGAUCCUGCAGUGGCUGAGUUGAAGAACCUGGAUCUCACCCAGCACAAACUGAUAUUUGACAGCCCAUUAACCUGGAAACUGAGGAGUCAUCGAACUGUUGACUUGCAUGUUCUUCUCUUGGAGGAUUUGUUGGUCUUGUUGCAGAAAUCAGUACUGGCAUUUCUUCACAGAUAUGUCCUCAAAUGUCAGAACACCAAUGUUCAGUCUGCCCGUGACGACAAGUACACACAUUUUCCUGUGCUGAAACUGCAGAACUUACUAGCUAGGACCCUGGCUACAGAAAAAAGAUCUUUCUUCGUAGUCAACAUUUCCGAGUCCCGGGCCCAGAUGUACGAAUUCACUGCUGUGUCCUCAGAACUUCGACUAAAGUGGUGUAAGCUGAUCAACGACAAGGCUGAUGAAUUCAAGAGGAUGUCUAACCUCAGCCAGCAAACACCAAGAGAGAGGAAUGCCCACCCAAGGAUACCACAGAACAACUCCAGCCUCCCCAGCGAGACCAGUGGCCCAGCCUUGGAUGACAUCUACGAGGUCACCGACCAGCUGAGCCGUCGCCUGGCCAUCGGGGAAGACCAGCAUUCAGAAGGAGAGCUGAUUCUGCCGGAAGAGGUGCAUAUAUCAGACGCUGUGACUACAAAGACCUCAGAAGUCAGCUCCCCACAAGCCACACUGAGUCCAGUGGUCAGCUGCCAGCAGACACAGCCUCCACCACAGCUGCAGCAGCAACCCAGCUUGGGCUCCCCGGUCCCCAUGGAGCAGCUGAAGACCAUGGCUGCAGAGAUGAAUGCCAUACUGUCUAAACUGGCGGGGGCCAUCAACAGUGGCCAAGAUGAGAAGCAGGUGCUGAGACAGGAGCUGGAGAGGGCUCAGCUCAGUCUAGAAGGCCUUAAACAGAUGAAGAAACAGAUGACAGAGGCCGGCACAUCUCCUUCGGACAAAACAAGUAUGGCUUCCUCAGUGGAUCUUAGAAUUAAAGAAGCAACUGUGACCCAGUUGGAGGAGAGUGUGGAGCAUUUGAGCUUUUAUGGUGAGGUGCCCACCGAGGUGGACCCGGUGAUUGCCACAGAGACACAGACUGUCGAAGCUAGGCAGAUGACGGAGGAUUACGAUGAUGACAGUAACGAAGUGUCGGUGGCAGACUUGCCGUUGCCGGACCUGGUUAGCCUUUGCGAGGUGGAUAUUGUUUCAUUAACGCAGCGCCGACAUGAUGUUGAUGUUGAUGACAGCGAGGUCGAAAGUGACGACUGUGACACGUUGAACUCCAAAGCAAACUAUCACCAAGACUUGUCUGGUGCAACAACCACAUUUGGUGAUAUCCCUGGAGAGAUGCUAGAGAAGCAUGCAGCUGUCUCAUAUCAGGCCUCUUCCUCGGUUCUCCAUUCUGAGAUGGUUACCUCUGCUGAUGAUGAUGAUGAUAAUGGUGGUGGAGCUUGUGGUGAUGGUUAUGAGGCCUCUUUCAAGGGAGACAGUCAGGUGGGAUCUUCUUCAGUAGAUGGUAAUGUGAUUGACAGAAGUGGUGGAGGAGAUGUAGGGGCUGUUUAG